AUGAUGAAGGACGCGAUGUUGUUUAUUGUCCUCUGCUGCCUCUGCGUGAGGAUCAGACCUCUGAAUGCAAAGAUGUUGCCUGAGCAGGAUACCGUAAAUGCCCUGUUGAGAAGCUCAGACAUCCCAAAGUUGGAUGCUGAGACAUCGCCCCCCCAGGAGGCUACAGUGAACUCACCUUUAGAGUCUGCAGAUCCUGUAAAUGUUCAGAACACCUCCACCAAUUCCUCACUGAAGUCAUCUGGUGCCUCAGCACAGGUCCCAUCACGUCUGUCCACACUCGUCAGAAUCCCUCUGAGCUUGUCUCCGGACUCUGUUGAUGACAUGUAUUACGGCUGCUCCCACAAGAUGCUGAUCAAAGUGAAACGUCACUACCUCCCCAGGAGCACCAGGGAGGGUCUGCACUCCACAUACACAAAACUGUGUGCCCUCAAAGCCAUGAAGAAUAAGGACAUCUAUGACCAGCUGUCCGUGAAUCACUUCAGGGCUCUGUGUGCCUACACAGCAGGGUCAUAUGACGACUUAAACCGGGCAGUGCGCAGGGGGAAGGCUACCUAUAAGACCUCAUUUGAAUUCCACGCCCUCCACUUCCUGUUGUCUGACGCCAUCCGGCUUCUUAAACUCAACCAAAGAAGCUGCUACACCACUUACCGCAGAAGCAAACUGCUCUUCACUGGGGAAGUUGGACAAACUAUGCGCUUCGGCUCGUUCGCCUCCAGCUCCCUCAACAAGAACCUGCGUCAGUUUGGACGGAGGUCCUGCUUUGAGAUCCACACGUGUUUUGGCGCCUACCUCAAGACCUACUCAGAGUUUGACUCAGAUGAGGAUGAAGUACUGAUUCCUCCAUAUGAGAUGUUUAAUAUAGUUUCUGUGGACAUGUCAGGAGAGAAUGAUUUACAUUGUGAUGUUUUAUACAAGCUUGAGACGGCUGGUGUUUACAGCAGUCUCAACUGUCAGGAUGUGGAGCCGUUCAGGAGCAGGAGUGUACCAUUUUAACACUGUAUAAGUUUAUUACACCAAUAUAAUGUCUGUAAC